AUGUCCGACCCGACAGCGUUCGCUAUGGCAUUCUUGAGCGCUCCGGUCCAGUAUCCUGACACAGUGGAGCUGGACCUCAACACACAGAUCAAGACAGAACCAGACACACAGAUGGUGCUGUUCUCCGACGACCAACACACCAACGCCUAUCCCUCCUCCUACCCUGGCACAGCCGAGACGACGUCGCAGUAUCAGCUCAGUCAUCAUGCCAGCUCCUUGCCCGCAGCUCCAGCCGUCCGCCCCCCGCCUCUGAACCUCGGUCAAAACUCGAACAUGUACCGCAUCAACUCCGUUGCAAGCGGUCCAAUUACCCCAUGCACGCCGUACCUGCCGCUGUCCAACCUGUCGCUGCAGAGCAUGCAAGGACAGAGCUUCGGCACUGUCAACAGUUCGCCCAUGUCCAACGCCUCUCCUAUGCCGCAGCCUCUGUCUGGCUUUUCGUGCUUCUCCAGCAUCGUCUCGCCCACUCUUUCGUCGCCCUCAACAUACAGCAAUGCCAGCCAAGACGUCCUAGUUGCCGGUAACUUCUCCCCUUCGCUGUCCACAACUUUCUCGCCUCAGUUGCCCUCCGCCCUGUCUGUGACCGACCUCGGCCUGGCGCCCGAAAACGCGCUCGCCCUGCCAGACGACAUGAUGGAUAUUUGCAAGGUGGAACCAGACGCCGAUCUGGACGAUCACCCAGUUGGACCCGUCGUCGUCAACACGGUCCCGUCAGCUCUCACCACUAUCGCCCCUGCUCAGUUGGACACUUCUCCUCCAUUGUCACUGCCUUCGAACACCAACCGCAAGCCUCACAACAUGCCAUCCACCCCGCCCUCGGCCAAGUCGUUCUACGCCUCGCCUCCUCGUACCCACUACCGCAACGCUCCGCCUCCACCUCCGGCGUCGUUUCAACCGCCCCCACCUCCGAAACCGAAGCUCAAGUACGUUUUCAAGCCUCCCCGUGCUGCGUCUCCUCUCGAUAACCUGCGUCACCUCGAGAUCCCCUCGCACAUUCGCGACGCGUAUGGCACACGGCGCCGUCAGUGGAGCGUCAACGGUGCUACAACUCCUCGCUACCGCGCCGCAACACCGGACAGUCCUUACCGUCCCAACUCGCCUCCUGCCCCUUACCUUCGCCGCCACGAGUCCGAGUCCGAGGACAUCGACGAGCUGCUGAGUGACUCGCAGACGCACCUCGCGCCCACUCGCAGCCCCUCCCCCGAGCCUCCUUUGCGCUCGGUGUCAACGCCCGACCUGCGCUCUGUUUCGUCUCUGUCCGACAACGUGCCAUACACGUCGUCACGCUCGUCUCACCAAACCCUCGCCAAGCGCAAGGCUACGCAGCCUCUCGAGGAGGAGCAGCGCCAGCGUCCUCGUGCUGGUGAGAGGCGCAUGAGCCAGAACCGCACCGCGCAGAAGAAGUACCGCGACAAGAACCGCCGUCUCGCCGAACUGGUACGUUACCAGCUUUUCAUGACCUAA